AUGAGUCGUGUUCUAGGCGGUGGCCGCCUUUGUCAGAUCAUGGGGCACCGUCGGCCUUGUCGAAUCAUGCCCCUCACUGUCUCAACCAUGCCAUCUCCGUCAAAGGCGUCCCGACCAGGCUGCAGGGGUCACAUCUCUUUAGCGGUGCUCCGAACGCGCACUGCCUUGCUGGCGUCUCCCCCGUUUGGAAGAUGGAAUCAUGACUACAUGGCGAUGCGUCAUCAUAUGCAACCCAACAGUAUCACCAUCCAUGUCCGUACUUGUCACACGGCCGGUAGGCCACGCAAUGAAGACGACCUCUUGGCUCCGGCAGCCAAACAAAAAGUGGCAAAACUCCUGCGGCAAGGUUACAGAGGCUCAGAGAUUUAUAAUUUGGCAGACAUUGCGCGGUGCGAGAUCCCCCAAUGGGUAUUUCUCGCCAUGCUAAAAGAGGACAAGGAGUUGGCCAGCCUGAUGCGGGAACGAAAACGCGGGAAAUGGUCAGAUGAAGAGAAGGAGCACCUGAUCAAGCUCACCCAUAACCGCCGGAGAAUCAACAUUGAAUCCAUCGCACGUCAAAUAGGCCGAGAACCAGACUCCGUUCGGUCCCGGUUACGGUUGAUGGCGAAGAAAAUGAGUGUAGAGCUGGGGAACGAAGCCGUCUCCUUCUCGGUAGAGUCUCUGGACGGAGAUCUCGGGAACGAAGAGCAGUCCAUCCUCGAGGCACGAAUGUGCCACGUCAUCGACGGAAUGCUAAAGAAACGCGACCUCGUCACCACUCAAUGGAAAGCCAUCUUGAGCGCAAAAUCGACGGAAGCCUGGGUGGCAACCAUUCUCCCAUUGAUCCCAACACGGGUGAAGCACAUCUUGGCCGCCCCCAGCCCGCCCACAGCUGCAGACUGGAGAAAUUUGACCUGGCAGGAUACGAGCCGUUUCGGGGUCUAUGCGUGGCUUCUCAAGCGUGGCGGUAGCGGUAGCCUAAAUCCUCUAAGAGUGGAGAAAUACCUUUACAUCGGUUCAGCUACCAAAUAUGGCCAUGGAUUGUUUGGAAGAGCGCUUCAGCACCGCGAGAGACAUGGUCGGAAUUCAGGCUCUAGCCUCGACAACCGGAUCAAACAACGUGGCUUAAGCCGUGCCACUGGGUAUUUUGCGACGCUCCUGGUAACUGAGGCAGCGUCUUUAGAAAUUGGGGAUAUAACCAAAGCACGAGAGCUCGUGGUGUUUGCCGAGGCGAUCUUGACUGUCUGGCUUGAGGCGCUAACAGAGACCGAGUCGGCUGGCGCACCGAGCCGCGCGGAGGAGCACCGUCGUCUCCACUCUCUUUCCCCUUGGAAUCACCCACAGCAGUUCAGUUAUAAGGGGCUGUGUUCCCAUAGUCCUUUGGCUCUUGACUUGGAGUCCCGCCAGGAAUCUGCUCAUCUUCCCGAAGUUGCUGACCCUGGCCAAUCUGAGGAUUCCGGGACAAUGGUGGAUAACAGGGCAACGGAAAAUUGA